GAAAUCGCAGUGUUUGUCGGGACGCUACAGCUGUCGGUACGUCAAACGUUAUUAAUUAACGUGUGCAUAUUAUUUUCGUUUUACCGCAAUUUUGUGGAUUCACGUAAAAUGAGCGGCUCGAAAAUGUGGAGAAAACCGAAAGAGAGGCUCAGAUAUACAAAUGAGCACAGUUUGAUGUUGUUAAAAGAGGUUUUAGAUCGAAACCCGUUUGAAGAUCCAUACAGAUGGAGUACGGUACACGAGAAUUUCGUACGCAUGACCGGUAGGCCCCACACGUUGAGGUCGGUUAGAGAGCAUGUCGAUUACUUGCUAAAACUUUAUGUUAAGGGAGAUUUGGAGAACAAAGCCCGUUAUAGAGGAAGCGACGAUGAACACGCCGAAAAAUUACAAAUGUUACAGGAAGUUUUGGCACUCAAAGAGAAAUAUUUUGAUGUCAUCCAAGAGAAAAAACCGACCACCAGAGAAUCAUCAAAAAGGCUGAAAUCCGAAUCCUCAUCAAAUGAAGACAUAGAUGAAACCACAGAUAUGUUUCUGGAUGAAGAUUUGAAUGACGAUUCAAUUCCUUUACCCACUGCAGCUGGCAGUAUCACCUCAGCAACUCAAGACACAAGUAUUUUGAACACCGAUGCCCUACAAUUUCUUAAAGAAAAGCACUUGACUGACGUAGACUUAAAAAGUAAAGAGCUGGAACUAAGAGACAGAAAACUGACACUUGCUGAGAAGGAAUUCAGAUUGGCCAAAGAGAAAUUUGAGUUGGAGAAACAGGAGAGGUUGAGAAGGCUAGAAAUUGAACAGCAAACUCGAUCUAUGCAUUUGAAGAUAUUAGAGCAACAACAGAAGCUUAUACAAAUGUUUUUUGAACAACAUAACAUGAAACAGACUAUGUAAAUUUACACAUGCAGUUCCUUAAUUAUUAGAUUGUAAUUAUAGCCAUAAUAAGUAUUUCAUGAUUUUCUUGCAGAAGUUGUACAUAUCAGGAUAUAGGAUUAUUAUAGACUUGUUUUCUAGAUAAGAGAUAUUCCAAAAUGUAUAUAAAGUAAACUAUUUUUGUAAACCCUUAGGUAAAUGCGUAUAUUGAAUGC